AUGAGGCGUGACAAUAUUUUCAGACCGGUUAGUGCAGGCGGUCUUGGCCUGGUUCACCUUUAUGUUAGACAAUUAGUGUCUCGUUUCGUCUUUUUUCGCGACUGUUCUCAUCCAUUACUUCGGGCAUUCUUGCAAGUUAAUCUCGUCAACGUUUUACCAAAUUUAGUAAUUUCGACAAAUUUUGCUUCACAUCCAUAUUUGCAGGGAUUCAUGCGUGAAGUGUGUCUCUCAGUGCGUUUUCUUGCAGUGAGGUUCUCAAAUGAGUACUUAUUCUCUAUCUCAAGGAAAAAUCUGUAUAAAGAUCUAAUUGAUAUGCUUUUUAAACCUCCGUUAUACCGAUCGCUGUACAUCGGCUUACCUGGAGAUGACGUCCUUACACGGGUCUGUAAAAUGCCUAUUCCUCCUCACACUAAAACAUUCUUCUUCAAAGUGCACACUGAAACGUUACCUGUUAAAACCUGGUUAAAUCGGAAAGGAAUCUUUGUAUCUUCGAUAAACUGUCGUCUCUGUAAUGUACCGGAAACCAUAGAACACUGUUUUAUUGAUUGCAAGGAUGCCAUAUUGUUUUGGGACGUUCUCCAAAGGACUUUAAAAAAGGAUUUUGAUAUGAAUGCUUAUACAAUACGAUAUCUGAUACAACCUCAAUGUGACGAUGUGCCUUUUGAUGUGCUCCUGCUUAUGGCGUUGCACAGUUUAUGGAAAACUCGCAUGCUAGAUCGGAAUGCAGAACCAAUUGUAUCUUCGAAGUCACAUUUCAUUCGGAUGAUUUCACAGCUG